AUAAAUCAAGUGCUAAUGGCAGCACCGUCCCAUCGGGUGAUCGGUUUCCCUUCUCGCUGCUCGAUCCUAUGAGUGACCUGGGCCUAGCUGAACAUGUGCGUUCUCAAGAAGAUCCCUCAUUUCCAGUCUACUAUUACGGCCAUGAUAGUAAUCUAAAAUCAAGUAGUGAUCGGCCCGAGAAAGCAUUACCCACCAAUGCAUGGUACCAGAAUCUACUGCAGAUGCAGCAAAACGAUGAGCCAUCGAAUUUACAUAGAGCAUAUCCCGGGCCAUACCUCGUGGAUAUGGUGGGGAUGAUUCCUGGGUUACGUGUCCAUGCCAACGACCUUGAUGCAAGCGAUAUGGUAGUGCAGUUAUCUUUUAAUGAACGGUUUGGCCUCGUUUUGGGAGGGACAAACAGUAUCCUAUCAAGCAAAAAUGAGGAAGGCAAUGGCAGUACCUCAAGUCAUAGUCAUCGGUACAAAGUUUUGAAGACUACAGAUCUUGGAGUUACAUUGGAAUGGGUGAGUCACCUUCAACAAACGAUGUUUUCGAUCUAUCAUUCGAACAGAUUGAUUUAUUCUCAAACUCAUACAAUUUAUCGUUGCCUCCAUUUGUUCUUUCUCGUAAGCAUGCUAUGAAAAUGGCAUCAAAUAUUGUAAAGGGAAUGUCAUAUGUUACGAUGGAGUAUGAAAAAAUACAAGACAGCUCAAAUAGUGUUCUCCUUCCAACAAUCGCUGCUAGGUUGGAGUUGAGUGACUCGAUCCUCAUUGAUGGGAAAGAAACCAUACUAGAUUGUUCGAAGAGACUUCGUAUUGAAAGAGACAUACAAUUGUACUUUCAAGAAAGUGAUUAUUCAUGGAUGGCGUUUUUUUCAGAACCUGUAUGGAUCCAGUGCUCCGUCGGCAACGGCAACACAUUAGUACAGGUUGCAAAUUAUGACGAAGACAUAGUGGGUAAUAAUUGCUCUUUUCAAUCGGAUGUUUUGAUUGUUAGGGUUGCACUUACUGACCAGUGUACAAAUGGUUUUAACGCUGCAUCGUGUCGACAAGGCAAGGGGCAUCGGUUGAAAGAUGAACCGUUGAAAGACGAGUACGUUUCUCUUCUCCGUGCACAUGCUGAUACAUACCCCGGUAGUGAUACAUCUUUCACUUACAUUAUGCCCACCGAAGAUGGUGACGACGAGGCAAAGUUGAUUUUUGAUUGGGAUGCAAGGAGAAUGUCAGAUCUUUGUCAAAGAAAUUCAACGACAAAUGAAAAUGAUUUGCUUACAUUUGCCAUACCACACCAAAUGGAUCGUUUAGCACCAAAUACCUUGCCAAAUGGAAGGCGAUAUUGCAAGUCAUCGCUGACUGGACCAACGUGUCUUGUCCAGGGAAAUAAAUGGGUAAUUCCCCAAGAACUUCCAAAAAUUAGCUUUAGAGCCAAGAGACAUCCGAAACCACAGUAUAUCCCAACAUUAGCAAAGGCUUUGUUGAAUGAUAUCGAAUUCAAAAUCCCAGAUUAUUUCAAACGAGGAGCAGGAGACACCUACUUUAGUGGAAAAAUUUUGGCAAAGCUUGCACGGAUUCUCUUGAUUUCCGAAGAGGUGGCCAGCCUUUGUGGUGAACAGGGGGGUCGUGACUACCUACAGUUUUGCAAAAAUUCCACGCUUCCUACCGAAAAGCAAAUUAAAAUGGGAAUUCAAGAACUUCGUGAAGGUGUGGAGGUCUGGAUCAAUGGCAAAGCAGACACGCCCUUCGUUUACGAUAGAAGUUGGGGAGGAGUUGUGAGUUGUGGAUGCUACAUGGAAGGAACAGAAUGUAGCAAUAAAUAUCCCAACUGUCCUGGGUUUGUUGACCCUGGCCUUAACUUUGGAAAUGGAUUCUAUAAUGAUCAUCACUUCCAUUACGGGUAAGCUGAUGACACCAAGAAUGUAUUAUCGCCUCUCAUCGAAAUCUAAUAAUUUCUCGAAUUUUGGUUGCAAUCCAUUGUGUUUUUUAAGCUAUCACAUUUUUGCUGCAUCAGUUGUUUCCCACUUUGACGAAGGCUGGGGGAUGGACAACUUCGAACGUGUUCUCUUGCUCGUGCGCGACAUUGCGAAUCCUUCAGAAGGUGAUUACUUUUUCCCGCUUUUUCGACACAAAGAUUGGUACCAGGGCUCGUCAUGGGCCAGUGGCAUUCCGUAUCCUCCUUAUUUGAAUGGAAAAAAUCAAGAGUCCAGCAGCGAAGCUAUUGCUGCCUAUGAAGGUGUUGCACUCUUUGGACAAGUCAUGAAUAAAAUUUGGGAAGAAAAGAAACACGAGAGAUAUGCCGCCGUGUCAAAACAAAUAGCCAACGUGGGCAAACUAAUGGCAGGAACAGAGUUGGUUUCUGCCAAGCGGUACUGGCACGUGACGGGACACAAAGAUGAUCAACUCAUUUAUCCUGAGCAAUAUAACAAGCCUGUAGUUGGUAUUCUAUGGCAAACCAUGGCGCAGUUUGGCACCUGGUUCGGCGCAAAAGAUUACCUACCAAUCGGAAUCCAACUGUUGCCGUUGACACCAAUUUCCGAAUAUCGCGAUGACAUUGACUGGAUGAACGCGAUUUACCAGCUUUUCACGUACUCAUGUGCUACMGAUUUUGAUUGUACUGAAUCUGGUUGGUCGAUCUUGCAGCUUGCUACUCUUGCAACUAUUGGCUAUGCUGCUGAAGCAGUCAUGAAAGUGAAGGAACUCCCAGAUGAAUCUUUUGAAAAUGCUGGAGGAAACGGUCAAUCGCGAUCAAACACAGUAUGGUUUCUAUCAACCAGAGCCGAAAUCGAAAACAGGAUUCCCAUGGUGGAAUAUGAUAAGAGGGGCAAAGAAGAAGUACGACCAAAGGCAUUGUAUGAACUGAAAGAUUGCCACUUGCCUGCCACUUGUACUGAAGAAAUUCUGGAUCGAGAAGCGGGAGAAUACACAUGCAGGGUUCGAAUUGCUUGGUUGAUUCACGACAAGGGUCAUCCGCAAUGGGAAGCUUGUUGGAGGGUUGCCGGACUUGAGUUUCCCGAUGUUUGCGGUCCAUGUGACCCAGGUGUGAAUUUCAUAUCAAAAGAACAGAUCGAGAAAGAAAAGGAGUUUUACGAAGAGAAUAAGAACCAGCAGCAGCAAGCUACGAAUGAGUCCGCAGAUGAUUCUAUCUCUCUCCAAUGCCCUCCAUGUACGCAGCAAGAAUGCAACAGUGAUUUGAAUCGUUGUCCCGUUUACAAGCGAACGUUUGUGUGUACCGAAGGCACCAGCAAGGGUGGCUGCAGCGGAGGGCUCGAAUUCUGGUUGCAAGAGGAUCAAUGCGAUGCAUGUUGCGAAAUGACACGGUGUUUUGAAUUGAAGGACAAAGAGGCCACCAAAUUCACCAAAGAUGGGAACGCGCUGACCACGAAGUCGUGCCCUCCAUGCAAACCAGAAAUUUGUUAUGGAAAGCUGAACCGAUGCCCUAUCCAUACCGCUCCUUACUUAUGUACGAAAGGAACGAGUGUCGGGGGCUGUGCUUCUAGUCCUUGGGAAAUUUCCGAGAACAUAUGCAGAGAAUGCUGCGAGUUAAAGCUGGAUUGCUAGCAUAGGAAUUGCUACACUAACGCAAAUGUUCAGAAAGCAUGUACUGAUUCGCUUUGUAAUGAUAUCAAGUACUCUUUAUUUAGAUUAAUGGCCACGAGUAAUGUCAGGCUGACCGAGCCCCGUCGCACAGUCCCGGCGAAGCAGACAAACUCUUUAUCAUAAUAUUGAGUAUUAACCCCGAAGAUUUCAGAGAUGAUGAUGCCUGAGUCCGUCUACAAAAGGCGUCAUUCAAGCGCAAGGUAUACCGUAGGGCGAUGGCCUUGAAAUCGCAUGAAAAAAUCGUCACCCCUUGGAUUUAAUUCAUCGACGAUCAUUGCUGAAUCAUUUUUAAAUAGACUUGAUAUUAUUUU